AUGGACACUCCUGCGGAUUUGCCUCCAUGGUUCGCCUCUUUCCUCAGCAAGACGCUGCAAAAGCUUGACCGAGGAUUGACAGCAUUCCAUGUAGACAUGAUCAAUCACCUAAAUCCAGCUCUUAUAAGCAACGCGCGGCAUAGCCAGUCAGCUACGUCUAGUACCGACACUAGCAUCGACAGUCUCCUCAAGGAGCGCAUAGAAGCCCUCAAGAAGAGCUUCACGGCCAAUGGCCAGGCUACCUAG